AUGGCCAAAACUAAACAGUUGGCAGCAGAAGCACUUGAUGAAGGAUCGAAUCGAUCGGCAGUUGAACGACAAACGGAAGCCUCACAUAAGAGUGGCACUAUUUGGGAAGCUGUACGCAAAGCGGAUAGGGCAGAACUCGAACGUCUUCUCGAUGUCGAUCCAAAUAGUAUUUUUGCAAGAGGUCCCGUUGGUGAUUGUCCCAUUCAUAUGUUAUUCUUAUAUGGAACUGAAGCUCAUCUCAACAUCGCUCGACAUCUCAUCACACGUUUUCCAGAGACUGUCGUACAGAUCUACAAUCAGCCAGUUGAUAGCAAUGGGAAUACAAUAUUGCAUUUACUUGUCAUUCAUAAUCUACCGAAAAUGUAUACUAAAUUCAAGAAACGUUGGUUGGAAGUACAGACAACGGUGAUUAGCGAGUCUAGCAAGGUAGAUGACGAUAAAGUCGCAUCCACAAAGAAAAAAGAGGUUCCAUUAUGGAAACGUCUCAAUAAAGAUGGUUUCACUCCCUUUACAUUAGCAGCUAAAUUAGGUGUAACUGAUAUGUUCUCUUUUUUACUUGACGAACGUAAAAUUGUUCAAUGGCGUUAUGGGCCUAUCUCGUGUGUACUCUAUCCACUUGAUGAACUCGAACUUGAAUUUCAACAAGAAGGCGGGGAUACACCACCUGGAGCUCUUGAAUUGAUUGUACAAAAUGCUCAAGCUGAACUUAUUAUGCAUCCACGUAUUAUUGAUUUAGUCGAUAAAAAAUGGGAACGUUUUGCUGGCCGUAUUUUUUUUCGACGUUUUUUUGUCACUCUUGUUUAUCUAUUCAUUUUUCUUAUUACUACAAUUCUCGAUCAGACACGAAUAGAAACGACAACAGGUAAAGAUAGAAAAAUGGUGGUAACUAGUAUUGAACAUCCAGGCGGCAUUCAUCAAAUAGUACGCACCAUAGGUCAUCUCAUUGUAUUAGCUGGAGCUGUAUCAAAGGGGAAAUCUGAAAUAAGAGAAAUGAUCAAUGUGGGUGUACGAAAAUAUUUUCAAGUUACGGGUUCUGCUCUUCUUGAAAAUUAUCUAUCAUCUUUAUUUUGUUGUGGUAUCAUUAUAGUUAACAUUCUUCAUCUACUCGAUAUGCAAGCAUACACGAUCGUACUUGCAUUUGUCUCUAUUAUAGGCUGGGGUUAUAUGCUAUUUUUUGUUAUGGCUUUUCAACUUACUGGACCAUUUGUGCUUAUGAUCUAUGAAAUGCUUUUUCAUGAUGUUCUCUGUUUUUGUAUUAUUUAUAUGGUAUUUCUUGCUGGUUUUUCACAAGCAUUCUUUGUUCUAUUCAAUAAUAACGGUUUUGGUGGCUUUCUUGUGAGUAUCAAACAAUGUUUUUUUGGCAUGUUGGGUGAUUUUGAACUUGAUCAUUAUCCGGGAACAACAUUUCAAUACAUCAGUGUUUCUUUACUUGUCAUUUAUAUUAUUGUUGUUUCUAUUCUUCUACUUAAUUUACUCAUUGCUAUGAUGGGUGAUACAUAUGGAAAUGUAAUCGAAGGUGCUACACAAAUAUGGCAUUUAGAACGGGCACGUAUUGUAUUUGCAAUUGAAAAUGAAAUGUCGAUAGACGAACGGAAGUUAGAUAAGAAUAAAUAUUGGACAAAUGUCGAUGGUCAACGAUAUUUACAAGUAGAAGAAGUUGACAAAAAUUGUUUUCGUGAUAUUAAUAAUGAUGAUUGUUAA